GUCAAUCGAAAGCAAACGUGCACAACAAACCAAAACAAACAUUACACGAAGGCGGACGAAAGCGAACUACGUGUGACUUUACUAUUAUACGUGCUGAUAAGGUGCUUGCGUUUACUAACAAGAAAGUUUCCAGCUGCUAUUGGUUGUUGAGAAGCACAAAUUCCAGUCCAAAUGUCCGUCGAUUAACACCAAAAAAAGGAUCUCUUUCACUGGAACAUCACACGCACUCGGAACAAGCCAAAUUUAUUAUGGAACGAAGUUCGGCACAAACAGUUACCUUGACAAACAGUAUUAUAGGCGUCGGUGUCCUUUCGAUGCCUUUCUGCUUCCAGAAGUGUGGCAUCAUACUAUCCUUAGUACUGCUACUGCUAAGCACCUACAUCACAAGACUAGUUUGUAGUUAUAUGAUCAAAUCUGCUAUAAUUUCAAGGCGCAAAAAUUUCGAACAAAUUGCAUUCUACGCCUUUGGAUCCUUCGGCAAAUUACUGGUGGAAUUAUGUGUAGUCUGCUAUCUGCUGGGUACCUGUGUGGCCUACUUUGUUGUUGUCGGCGAUUUGGGUCCACAAAUAACGGCAAAGAUAUUGUCGAUAAAUGAGAGCAGCACCCUGCGGUUGUGGGUAAUGAUCGUGGUAACCUUAGUGUGCAUUGUCCCGCUGGGGUUGCUACGGAAUGUGGACAGUUUGGCAUCGGUAUGUACCGCGUCGUUGGGAUUCUAUCUUUGCUUGGUGCUCAAGGUGAUGGCCGAGUCAGGCGAACAAAUCAGUAAAGCUGGUUGGUACAAUGGUUUGGCACUGUGGGAUACUAGUGGCAUUUUGCAGUGUUUGCCCAUCUUCAGCAUGGCUCUCUCGUGCCAAAUGCAACUAUUUGAGGUGUAUGCUACUAUGCCGACGUCUUCCUUGGAUAAAAUGAGCCGCGUGAUUCAAAAGUCGACAAAUUUCUGUGCUUGUAUUUAUGCUUUGAUUGGAUUUUUCGGUUACGUUGCCUACAGCGGUCUUCGCUUUUCUGGAAACAUUCUUAUAAAUUUCUCGCCUUCAUUUGUAUCGGACAUUAUCAAGAUUGGUUUCGUUCUGUCGGUGGCAUUUAGCUUUCCAUUGGCAAUAUUCCCGUGUCGGGUUAGUUUGUAUUCGCUGCUGUAUAAAAGAGCCUAUUCGGAUACACACUAUUACAUCCCCGAGUCAAAGUUCCGACCGUUGACGUUGGCCAUUGUAACUGUGGCACUCUGCCUCGGGUUUAUAGUUCCAUCCAUCGAAGUAGUCAUUGGAUUAGUUGGGUCCACGAUCGGGGUAGCGAUCUGUAUCAUCAUUCCGGCUGCUUGUUAUAUGCACAUUUGCAAAACGAACAUCGCCGAGAAACAGCUGGCGCAGGUCAUGAUCGCUCUCGGUUUUUUGAUCAUGAUUCUCGGCACGUACGCUAAUCUGGUUGCUAUGAAUCACGUACCGGAGAAAACUUACGAGACUGUGGUAGACAGAAAAGUCACUCUACCGCCUGUACUGAAAGUGGAUAAGAUGGAAGCAAAUCUAGACAAACCGCUGGACGACGUGAAAUUGCAACAACCAGUUGAGCCAGAGGUAAAACAGAUGCCGAUUCCAACCGAAAAGCCCCUGUUGCAUGUUGAAGAGCUGCAAACAGUAAAAGCCGUCGAUGCACAAAAAAGUGAUGGUUCCAAAGAUGGCGUGGCCUUGAUAACGCCUGAACCACCACCGGGCCAGCAGCACAAGCCGGAAUCCAAAGAGGAAAUAAUCGGUCAGGAUGCAAUUCUGAAGGAGGAAAAGGAAAUAGCUGUGGAGGAGAAGGAAAAAAUACAACAGGAUAUCAGUGAACUGAAGAGUGCCAAGAAGGAACUGGAAGCACAGGUACAGGUCAUUAAGGAACAGCUGGUGAAAACGAACGAGGAAACUCAGCAGUUGGUACUGAAGAAGUUCGACGAGAUAGUGGAAAAAAUCGAUCAGAAAGCUUCCAAAGACAAGGAACCCGCAGCGCCUGUGACUGUCAAAUCGGAGGUCGAGAAGCAGUUGCCCGAAAAGGCGGAAAUUUUAAAUCACAACAAAGAUCCUAUUGUUCGGCUGCUGACUGAGCAAGGUAAACUAAAAGCCCAAGCCAAUGAAACCUUGAUCGAACAGAUUGAAAAAGCUAGCCCUGAACAACAGAAUCACUCCUCCGCCGCCGUUGAAACUAAAUUGUUAGCCGAAUCUGUCAAUAACGAUUUGAAAAAUGAUGUAGUGGAAGCGAAAAAGGAGCCUUUAGCCGAAAAAGCAGAACCACUGCCACCGCUUCCGGUUGAACAAAAGCCAGAGCCGGUGGAGGUUGUUGAGGAAGCGCAAAAGAAAGCAGAUGUUGAGAGCAAAAAAGACGACGACGCUGGUGCUAAACGAGAUCUGCUGGCGGUAAGGAGCAAAAGAAAUGUACUGAAACAGGAUUCGGGUGGUGGUCAGGAUACGCAGGUUGAAGCAAACGAAAGCGGCGAGAACUGUAAAAAGACUGAUGCACAAACGACAACAAGUGCAAGUGAAAAGGAGUCGCUUGAGCGACAGUUUAAGCAGAAUGGUAACAUAAUUCAUGAUCUUAUAGGAAAAGAUAAGCUCGUGAAUAUGAUUCGGAGUGAUAUAUUGAUGGAUGAACGCAAACUAUUAAGGAAAUAAACUUAUUUAUUUAUAAAAAAAGGUUUAUAGAUUGAAACGUAAACAUUUUCCCAUUCUAUUGGAAAAAAAUGUUUCUAUUUCCAUACUGUGCACGAAAAACUUUAUGCUAAUGAUACAACUACGCUACGCUUCAUUUGAGCUUUGUCGGAAAAUGUAAAUUUCAUCGCCCACAGAAAAAAAAGGAUUAUAAAUAUGCAAACUUGUAGAAACCAACUUGCAACAUGCUGCGGACGAGACGAUGCCCUCAUCCAGCAUAAAUAGACGCGUAGAAUAAUGUACUUUUUCUACUGCUACUAG